UUAUCUAGCUGUCAACGUCAAGGUUCACGUGUGGUAGUCGGAGAUUGUUUUGGUAUUGAAACCUAAGUCCCACACCGAAUAUGAUAAUUUUAUAAAAUGCAGAUCAAAGAAGAUAAAGAGAUUGACCUGUUCGUAGCGAGCAGAAUAGGAUCUUUUAAACAUAUAAAGUAUCACACGGAUCCAUCGAAAAACAAUAAGAAGUGCAUAGAAAACCUCGUAGAUAUUAAGACCUUACAAAAAGAUGAUAACAUAACGUGUAUGGUGUGGGGUAGUCCUGAACAGACAGACAUACUGAUCGGAAGGAAAACCCAACAGAUUCAGGUGUACAACACUCUGCACGGUUUCACAAAGUCAUACACAGCUGACUUUGGUUCCGGGGAUGUGGUGGGCUUGGGUCGGCACGGACGACGUCUGGUCGCCGCAGUAUCAGAGGGAGUGGUGCAGGUGUAUGGCAAGAAGGAUAAUGUCACCUACAACGUUGGAAAGAUUGAUAGGAUGAAGAUCUUCGAUGGAGACACCACUAUGUUUGCUACUGGUGGCGAGGAAAACGACCUCAAGGUUUAUAGAAUCGGAGAAACUGAGCCUUUAUUUGUGGCGAAGAAUCUUCCUCACGACUGGCUCCAACUACGGAAGGCUGUGUGGGUCAGUGACCUCACAUUUUUGUCACCGAGCGAGCUGGCUGUGUGCUCUAGACACGGAUAUAUCAGAUUAUACGACACUAGAGCUCAGAGACGGCCGGUUUGUAACGUUGAAUGCGACAAGAUGGCCGCCACGUGUAUAUCAAAGGGUUUCGACGAGAGGCAGGUGUUCGUCGGAUUCGGCCGCGGACAGCUGCACCAGGUGGAUCUACGCCGCGGACACCUGGACAAGGGCUAUAAAGGAGCCGCCGGGGCCAUCACAGGAGUGGUCAUCAGCCACGGGUCCGUCAUCAGCUGCAGCCUGGACAGACACCUGCGGGUGCACCGCGCUGACACCAAGGAACUGCUAUAUAAGCAAUACCUGACGUCUAAGCUGAGCUGCGUCCUGGUGCAGACAGCUUCCAGCACGCCCAUGAAGGACGUGCAGCCGGAGAUGAAGGAGGAGCUGGAAAUGAAGGAGGAAACAGCGCUGGAAGACCUGGAGUCUGCCAGUGAGAAGCCUCAAAAACGUUCGGAUGGCGAACAAUCACAGGAAAUAGACGCGAAGAAGAUGAAGCCGUCAACAGAGGGCAGCACCGUCGCUGACGAUGAGGACGCCAUCAUCAGCCUGCUGCGGAGCACAGAGAGACAGAAGAAGAAAAGAGACAAGAUGAAGAAGAAUAAAAAGGCAAAGAGCGUGUUCCAUAAUGCCUGAAUACAAUAUAAAUACUUU